GGGAGACCAAGGUAAAGGCAUUGGGCUCCUGCUGCCAGUGCCAGUCAUGGGCACAACCUGUUCCAGUUCGGUCUAGUUCUUCACAUGGGCUUGGAUAAUGUUGAUGUGGAAACUGCGUGUAUGUGGUCUUAGAGAAAAUCAAUGCGAUUAAGGCCAGAUUUGGACACGGAGGGACAGUUCCUAUGGAUGCCAGGAUUAGGGUAACAGCUGUUUUCCUGCCCAUUUGAGGAGAAACUGAAUGGAGGAGAAAAGACUUGUAUAAAGGACGUGUCUUUGCAAUUCCAUCAAACCUGAAGGACCGUGUGCUCUUAGGUAAGUUCAUGCUAUCUCAGGUUCAGGUAGACCAGGUGCUGGGAGAAAGCAGAAAUUGCAAGAUCUUAGGAGGGAAGGGGUAGGAUUGUGGCUGCGGUGGGGUUCUGUGGGGCGUGGCACUCACCCCUUGCCUCUGUAGGCAUCAGUGUUUGAUCUGCCUUUGGAGAGAGGAGACCACCUUUUGCCCUGAACAAGGGCACAGGGGCAUUUUCUAUGUGACCCUUCUGAAAAUGUCAGGGCCCUAGGUCCCCUCCACUGAGAAUAUGCUUUACGAUUCAUUGUUCAUUAUCUCUUAGCUAGAGGCCCAGUGCAUGAAAUUCGUGCAUUUGGCGGGGGGGGGGGGGGGGCAUCAGCCUGGCCUGCAUCCUCUCACAGUCUGGGAGCCCUUGGGGGAUGUCUGACUGAUGGCUUAGGCUCGCUCCCUGCAUAAGUCAUCAGUCGGACAUCCUUAGCACUGCUACAGAGGCAGGAGAGGCUCCUGCCACCGUCGCUGCACUCACCAACUGUGAGCCCAGCUCAGGGCUUCUGGCUGAACAGUGCUCCCACUGUGGGAGUGCACUGACCACCAGGGGGCAGCUCCUGCAUUGAGCGUCUGCCCCCAGGUGGUCAGUGCGCAUCAUAGUGACUGGUCGUUCUUCUGUUUGAUCAAUUUGCAUAUUAGCCUUUUAUUAUAUAGGAUGUUCUGGAAAGCUGUAGGAUGGUGCCUUGUGGUGUAGAGGUUUUUGCAUCAUGGAAAGCAAACCUAGCAGAGAAAGGUAUAGUCUGAAGGACUCUUAAGUCUAAGAGAUUUGAUCUAUAAAUCAUGCUCCUGUCUCCCUUGUCUGGUCAGUGUAGAAGAUGGUGGUGAUGGCAUGGGAAGAUAAGAUAGAAUUAGAUGACACUUGAUUAUUUAGUUGUAUGGAUGGUCUCUUUAAUCUAUUGCUUUUAUAACUAGUUUCACCAAAUUUUUACUCCGGAGUACAUUUUAUUUUUACCUUUUAAAACCAACUCACUAGAGAGGAGGGCUAUUGUUGCUUUGCAUUGCUCCUUAGAUAAAAAUAUUAUAACUUUUAAAAUAUCUGUGCAUAUGACUAUAAAAACAAAUAGCUAUUUAAAAAAGAAUGUCUGACAGUCCUGAAUAUUUAUUCAGAGAGCUUUUUAUCUGUCUUAUUUGCUAUCUCUCACUUUAUUUUCACCUGUGAACUUCUUUUACAUGGUCAACUUUGAAUUCUUUUUGUUGAUGGUUAUUCAAGGUGGCAAACACAAAUGAAAAUUACUCUGUCAAUGUUACUUCAUCCAAUCAUUUUAUUCCAUUUCCAAGCCAGUUCUUUUUGCCACUAUAUUUAACAAGGUGUAGAGUGGCUCCCUUUGGUUAUAACUUUUUCUGCUCAUCUCCUCUUUGAAAAAGUAGUGAAAUAACUAAAAACAGUCAACAGGAGGGAGGACAGGAGCUGUCAAUGUGUUGGGAACGCAGCAGUGACCUCUAAGUAAUUGAGAGUUGGCAGAAUUUUGUAGCAUUUAACUGUGAUUUGCAAUUAUAGAGAUAAGAUGUUAAUCCAAGCUACCAUAUGCCGUGCUGCCUGACCGUAUUGGAAUACAGGGUGUCUUGCUUCAGCAAUAAUGUGUUAAACAACUAUAGCUCACCCUGACCGUGGAUAGCAGACAGUCUGUAAGGAGUUCGCAAUAGAGCAUAAUUAUUUUCUUGUCUUAUUUCUUCAACUUAAAUAUUAAAUCUUCUUUUUAAAAAGAAGUGGUCUGGACUUUGAGAAAAUUAAAGGAAGAAAGGUGAUUUUAUUUUAAGUGUUUAGAAAUGAAACACUCCCAAUAGCAUCGUGUGUCUUUGAUCUUGACCUUGAGUGCUUGCAAUCUGGGAGGCAGCCUUCCAGGGAUCUCGGGCUUAAAGGCAGAGAGGGACUCAGGUCAGUCACAUUCACAAAGACAUCAUGUCAUUUUGGUAAAUAGCAUCUGGAUUGAAGCUGGUGUUUCUUGUGACGUAGGGAAGGGCAGGAUGCGAGUGGCCACUGCCCUCACAGGCUGGGUCUGUGCCGCCCUCGCCUGGCUUCCUGCUCCUCCGUCUUCUCCCUGGAGCGAGGACAUGCAGCCCCAGCACCUCCAGGCCCAGCCGCAGAAGCCCCGGCCCCACCACGUCACCAUCUACACCUGCAGGUCUUCCUCCGUUCCAGGUGACACGGUGCCAGUGACUGUGAGGAGCGGUCCUGAUUUCCUGGGAUUUCUGCUUCAGGCCCGGAGAGCGUCCGAUCAUCAAGUAGCCGGCCCUUCCCUGCUCGUUCCUCCUCACUCGGGACUGAUGAGCUGUUUUGAAGAGGCGGAAGUCACCCACGCUGACAAGUCCCGGAAGAGAAGCCGGUCCUUCGUGUGGAAGGCCCCUGCCCAGCCCGUGGCGGACGUGCGAUUCCUUUUAUCAGUCGUCCAGUCAUAUUUCGUUUACUGGGCAAGGAUCGAGUCGUCCGCUGUGUCUCAGCAGAGGAGCAGUGGAGCCCCUCCCCAUGGCCGCGUGGAGCCCGGCUCACUGCUGCCCACCCUGCACCAAAGGGUCGUGGAUUUGAUUCCCGCUCCCAGUCUCCCUGUCACUCUUGGGCAGCAGCGCACAGAUACUCUUGCCGUUGCCCUCGCUGGGGCUGCAGAGGAGGACAGCUUCGCUUCAGUGUUUCCUGGGGAUGCAGAGGCUGUGUUCCAACCGCCCUCACACACAGCUACUGCAGACAGCCGUGGCCGGCCGGCCGGCGACAGCAACCCAACCUUAGAACCCUCCCUGGAUGUCCGCCAGCUGGAGGGGCCCGUGGCCCUCAGGAGAUUGUCCACCGAGGGCUUUGCUGCCAGCCCUAGUACCCACCACAGGACUCAGGAUGAUCCAAGCUUCAAUUCAUCAGAAACUUGCCUGUCCUCAGAUAGGAAUGAACAGGACAAGGUGGAGGCCUCUAACAGGACCGUGAUGAGGCCUCGCAUGGACACCAUCCAUCUUACCUACCCUCAGCGCCUCUGGUCUUCUGGAACACUGGCUGGGGCUGGGGCUGGGGCUGGGGCAGCCAACCCAACACUUGUCUCCCACACCUCGGCCUCUCCCGGGCCACUCACUACUGCUGGCCAAUUGGAGGCAGCUGGGGCCUCUGCCAGCUUUUUGCCUCAGUCAAAGCAUGAGGAGCUCAGAGAGGGGGAGGGAAAUGGAGAGGGCAGAGUGGGCUACCCCAGGAAGACCCGCCCAAGGCCCGAGGCUGGGCAAGAGGGAGCCCAUGCCCCUUCAGGGAUCCAGCUCCAGACUCUCCAACUGGGAAUCCUGCUUUGCCUUUUGGCCACCUUGGGCAUGGUGUUGGCUGCUGGCCUUUGGUAUCUGCACACCCAGUAUUGCCACAAGCGGACAGGGGUGUCCUUCAGGGAGCCUGCAGGGGGUGCGGUUGCCAGAGUGAGGCAGCUUGGGGAGAACAGCUGUGUCCUGGUUGAAGCUGAGUACAACUGGAUCACCCCCUCUGUGGAUGGCAAGAAAACAGUCCUUGGAGAAGCCAUCGUCUCGGCCUCUCAGGGGCCUUCUUAGACCCUGUAGUGUCUCAGAACAGAGCUAAUGAGAAGAGCUGGGGAGCACAGGGCCCGCUGGGUGCUGUCAGCUCGCGGUUAGUGCAGGAAGCACCGAGUCCUUCCCAAGCUUUGUUGUUUCAACAACUGUAUUUAGCUGCUUUUUCUUCUUUUGCAAUUAGACGUCCUGUUUGAAGAGUUGAACUCAACACAAUGAAUAUUGUAUAACCUGCUCAUUAACUAGACUCCAGUGGCCUCUCGGCUUCCUCUGUUGCCUUAAGGAACCCACAGAAAUAAAGAUUG